GGCCAUCGACAGCAUUUGCUAAAAAGUUUCUUUCUGCUGCAUGCUGUCAAUUUGUUCUCGAUCUGGCCAGCCGUAAAUGUGUUAGUUAGAUAAUUAACAAUUUGUUGCAAUACCGUCAUCAAUACAAUGGCUUGUACUGAAGUGACAUGUAAACGUUUGGACGUCAGUUUAAUAGCAGUUUUAUUUUUACUUUUUGUGCAAAACUUCGACAAAAGUUUCAGCCAAGACACUGUGGAGUCUGUUGUGACAUUUCACGAAGCGACAACUCGUUUCUGGCCGGCUCCGGAUCCAAAUCGCUUCGGCGUUGCCUCAAACCUCCAUAACGGUGCUGCGAAAAGUCAGGAGAGAUUCACUAGAAACCUGUCAUCCAGUUUCAAGACAAAAGACGGUCGUUCUGUGGCCGUUUUUGACGAUGUUUUGGAGUACAAGACGCAGACUACUUUGCAAGACUACAUCCAUUUGGCUGGAGUGUGGAGGUUUCAUGGUUACAACAGAUCAACUCAUGACAGAAACUCAAGAGGUUCAAGCGGCAUUCCUUGGAUGUCUUCAUUUGAUACAGAAACAUUUGCCAACUCGGAGACAGGCAGACGUAUGCUCGGCCUGGUGACCAAUUUAUCUCAAGCUUGGCAGAGGAGUGAUGAUGACAACAAAUUUGAACCUUACAAAGUUGUCUGUAAUAUCCUGAGAAGGGGUGAUAUCAUCUACCCGCACCGAGAUGCUCAAAACAAGGAGACUGAGCUCACGGCCCUGCUGUACUUGAACCAACUCUGGCGUAAGAACGAUUACGGAGAACUGCUGUUCCUAGAGGAGAGUGACGUGUUUGCGACCAUCGGUCCAAAGUUCAACAGGGUUGUCGUUUGGGACAGUUCAAUCGACUACCUGACCAGACCGCCAAGCAUGGCAUUCAAGCAGUCACAAUUCUUUCUGAUGGUCCACUACACUCGGAAUCACACCAAAGCACAACAGUACAAGCAAGCUAGAAUACAAAGCACGGCAGAACGGAAACAGGCAGAAGCCGACUUGUUUGCCACAAUGAACAAGCCUGUCUCAGAAAGCUUGGAUAUUGGAAGUCACGUCACCAUGAAAUAUGUGGCGAAAAACAGCAAAAAGGUCUUUGUGUUUGACGACCUCUUUAGCUCAGAGGAUCUGGACAAACUGCGAAAAUUCACUGCCAAUCAUGGUAAUUACUUCUUUGAUGACAGCAUAGAUAGUGACAGCGAUAACGUUCAGUGGAUAGCAGGAUUCAACAUUGAUGACUUUGUACAGAGUAGAAUGUGGAACAUCACUAGACAGGUGGCAAGAUAUGUAUCAGGCACUGAUAAGUGGUUUCCAUAUGACAUCGCCUGCAACAUCAUCCGAGCCUAUGACCACACCCGCAUCCAUGAGGAUUGUGAGAAGAAAGAAGAUGAAUGGACGUUCCUUCUUUACCUGACACCAAACUGGACGGAGAAUUACUACGGCGAGACGGUGUUCAGAGAAAAUAAUAGAGACGACUCGGAGUAUGUAGCAAGCGUUGUACCGCGUUACGGUCGUGUGGCCAUCUUCCAAGGCAUCAUUCCCCACUCGGCCCGGCCACCCAGUACCCUCUACACAGGAGCAAGGUUGAGUUUUGCCGUCAAGCUUUCUGUCAAUCCUUGGGUAGCCAGAGUCAAGAUGUUGAAGCAGGAAUUCGCUCACGAGGAAAGCAUGCAUCAAUCAGUCCUGUCUAUCCUGAAAUAUUACAACGAUGCAAGUUUUGAGGCUCGUUACAAGAAGCAGCUGAUCAGCACAGCUCAAGACAUCAUGGAAAUAGAGCAAGAGCAGAGAUUGAGAUAUCUGAAGGAUCUACAGGAGUUACAUCUGACUGGAGAAGAUGCUGACAGAGAAAGAGAGGAAGAAGACGAUGAGGAUGAUGAUGAUGAUGAUGAUGGUGAUAGGGAAGAGGAGGGGGGAGAUUUUGAUUUUGAGGAAAGUUAUCAACGGGACGAUGAAAAUGAGUUUCCAGAAAUCAAUCUACGUAAAGAGUACAUCUACAAUCUGAUUAAGACGCUGAACCCUGAUGCAGAGGCCUUAGCGACACACUACGCACAAUUCCUUAAAGACCGAGAGGUCAUGACCCAGAGGUACAUGCAAGAAAUUGCUCAACUCUUCUGAUAAUCCCAACCUUAAUUAGUUCGUUUUAAGCGGCAAAACACAGUGAUGUGACUUCCACCUAGACUGGCUAACAUUGCAUUGAUCUAUUAAAUUGCAUCGACAGUAGUUUUUUUUUACAGUUUGACCGUGGCGGUUGUAGUUACGUGCCAACCUUGCCAUCUUUGUGUGGAUCUGAAAAUAAAUGAGGUUCAGACAAUGCAGGUUGUGUGAACCUUGUGUGGACUAAGCCAGGUCCACAUAAGGUUUUCCUUUCUCUGGAAAACAGUUUUAGAGGCAGUUUUGGGGUUAGGGUUAUCUGUCGCAAAAUGAAGAGGUACACUCAAGGAAAUUGUGAUGAAAAAGAUUGGGUUGAACAUGUUGAAAGAGUGUUCACAGUUCGUGUAAAAUAAGUUUUUUCUUUUACCCACUCGAAGACAUAGGAAUGUCCACACUAGAUGUAGGUAUGUAAGGUAUAGGCCUGUGUGCACAUAUACAUGUAUGUACCGUUACAUGUACAUGCAGUUGUAGACUAUAUUUUUUUGCAAUAA